GUCCUUUUAGGAGAAGAAGGGAUGCUUGUUUCUUCAUUCCUCUGUUUAAAAGGACUCUUUUGAUACUGCUGACUUGAAACCGUUUGCGUGCUGGUUACUUUGCCCAACCUGUGGAGGAUCCCGGUAGUCAGCCAGCCUCUGGAGCGUGUGUAGCCCCGGCAGCAGCCACCAUGCUGGGCUUGGAUGUGUGUGAGUUUGGGGGUCAGGUUCUGGAGCUUCUCUGGCUAACCAUGUGUUACCAAGGUUUGAUGGCGGAUAAGGAGGAGAAGCCUGUGGGAGAGGAGGAGGACGAGACAGACCUGAACUACACUCCACCAGCCCAGAAGAGCCUGCAGGAGAUACAGGAACUAGACAAGGAUGAUGAGAGUCUCAGGAAAUACAAACAGACUCUACUAGGAGCUGGACCAGUGGUGGCAGACCUGACCAUUCCCAAUGUCCAGGUCACCAGACUGACCCUGAUGUGUGACCAAGCACCUGGCCCCAUCACUAUGGACCUCUCAGGUGACCCGGAGGCUCUGAAGAAGAAGAGUUUCACCAUGAAGGAAGGAGUGGACUACAGAGUGAAGAUACACUUUAAGGUUAACAGGGAUAUUGUGUCUGGGCUGAAGUACGUCCAUCUGACCUACAGGAAAGGAAUCAGAGUGGACAAGGCGGUGUACAUGGUGGGCAGCUACGGGCCGCGGGUGGAGGAGCACGAGUUCAUGACCCCGGUGGAGGAGGCGCCCAAAGGCAUGAUUGUCAGAGGCAGCUACCACAUCAAGUCCCACUUCACCGACGACGACAAGACCGACCACCUCUCCUGGGAGUGGAACCUGGGGAUCAAGAAGGACUGGGACGAAUAGAGAGGAGUCUCAUUUCUCUCUCCCUCCUUCCCUCUCCCUGUGUCUCCACCUCUCCCUCCUUCCCUCUCCCUGUGUCUCCACCUCCCUCCUUCCCUCUCCCUGUGUCUCCAACACUCCCUCCUUCCCUCUCCCUGUGUCUCCACCUCUCCCUCCUUCCCUCUCCCUGUGUCUCUACCUCCCUCCUUCCCUCUCCCUGUGUCUCCAACACUCCCUCCUUCCCUCUCCCUGUGUCUCCACCUCCCUCCUUCCCUCUCCCUGUGUCUCCAACACUCCCUCCUUCCCUCUCCCUGUGUCUCCACCUCUCCCUCCUUCCCUCUCCCUGUGUCUCCACCUCUCCCUCCUUCCCUCUCCCUGUGUCUCCACCUCUCCCUCCUUCCCUCUCCCUGUGUCUCCACCUCUCCCUCCUUCCCUCUCCCUGUGUCUCCACCUCUCCCUCCUUCCCUCUCCCUGUGUCUCCACCUCCCUCCUUCCCUCUCCCUGUGUCUCCAACACUCCCUCCUUCCCUCUCCCCCUGUGUCUCCACCUCUCCCUCCUUCCCUCUCCCUGUGUCUCCACCUCUCCCUCCUUCCCUCUCCCUGUGUCUCCACCUCUCCCUCCUUCCCUCUCCCUGUGUCUCCACCUCUCCCUCCUUCCCUCUCCCUGUGUCUCCACCUCACCUCUGUGUCUACAGCUCAUACCCCCUGCCUCCCAAAAUGGCCCCCUAUUCCCUAUAUAGUGCACUACCCGCAGGGCUCUGGUUAAAAGUAGUGCACUAUGUAGGGGGCCAUUUUGGGAGGCAGGGGUUAUGAGCUGUAGGUGGAGAUCCACUUGUCUAUUUGUGAUGUAACCUGGUGUUUUCUACUACAGUGUGUUAACUGAAGGGGAUGAAAUGAAGUUAAACACGUGGGACUCACUCAUACAGUGGAGAUGUAUUUACACCCCAUAGUGUGAGAGGCACAUUGUAGAAGGUUAUUCUAAAGUGUUCUAUUCAGAAAAUUGCCAGUUCAACAAGGUUUCAAGGAGCAGCCCUUUGUAAUGUUAGUUAUCAGUUAGAAUGUUUGACAACAGCGUGUCUCAUACUCCUCAAGAAGUUG